AUGGGUAGCGUCGCUCAGAAGCCCGGAACUUUCUUGUUCACCUCCGAGUCGGUUGGUGAGGGUCACCCCGAUAAGAUCGCCGAUCAGGUCUCGGAUGCCAUCCUCGAUGCCUGUCUCGCCGAGGACCCCCUCUCGAAGGUCGCCUGUGAGACCGCCACCAAGACUGGUAUGAUCAUGGUCUUCGGUGAGAUCACCACCAAGGCCAACCUCGACUACCAGAAGGUCAUCCGUAACGCAAUCAAGGACAUCGGCUACGAUGCUUCCGAGAAGGGCUUCGACUACAAGACCUGCAACGUCUUGGUUGCCAUUGAGCAGCAGUCCCCUGAUAUCGCUCAAGGUCUUCACUACGAGGAGGCUCUGGAGAAGCUCGGUGCCGGUGACCAGGGUAUCAUGUUUGGCUAUGCCACCGACGAGACCCCUGAGCUCCUGCCCCUGACCAUCCUCCUCUCUCACAAGCUGAACCACGCCAUGAAGGUUGCCCGUAACGACGGCUCCAUCCCUUGGCUCCGUCCCGAUACCAAGACCCAGGUCACCAUCGAGUACGCCCACGACAACGGUGCCGUCAAGCCCCAGCGUGUCGACACCGUUGUCGUCUCCGCCCAGCACAGCGACGACGUGUCCACCGAGGAGCUCCGCGCUGUCAUCAAGGAGAAGAUCAUCAAGAAGGUCAUCCCCGCCGAGCUCCUGGACGACCGCACCGUCUACCACAUCCAGCCCUCCGGCCGUUUCGUCAUCGGUGGUCCCCAGGGUGAUGCCGGUCUGACCGGCCGUAAGAUCAUCGUCGACACCUACGGUGGUUGGGGUGCCCACGGUGGUGGUGCUUUCUCCGGAAAGGACUACUCCAAGGUCGAUCGUUCGGCCGCCUACGUUGCCCGUUGGGUCGCCAAGUCCCUGGUCAAUGCCGGCCUGGCCCGUCGUGCUCUGGUCCAGCUCUCCUAUGCCAUCGGUGUUGCUGAGCCUCUGUCCGUCUUCGUCGAGACCUACGGCACCUCUUCUAAGAGCUCCGACGAGCUGGUGCAGAUCAUCCGCGCCAACUUCGAUCUGCGUCCCGGUGUCAUCGUCAAGGAGCUUGACCUGGCCAAGCCCAUCUACAACGAGACCGCCAAGAACGGUCACUUCACCAACCAGAGCUUCUCCUGGGAGAAGCCCAAGGCUCUUAAGUUCUAA